AUGUAUGAAUAUGUAUCUCUGUGAGAGUGGGUGUCGUAGGCUACGUCAAAGAGAAGCUGAAAACAUUUUCGUUCUUUGAAGUUCAUAGCAUAGUCCCACCAAUGACAACGUUUUUUUCAAAAAGAAGAGGUGAAACAUGAAUCGAGCUACGCAGUAGUAGGUUGAAAGGCUCCCAAGCAGAUACGUGCGUUCAGCAGCCUAUUUGAUGAUUCAGAAGGGACAGGACAAAGAGCAUCUAGCGAUCGUGUUGCUGUUUUUUGCCACAAAUCAUUUGAUUGAGAAGAUAUGCUUUGAAAACCAAGCCUUGCUAAAUGACUUCCUCUAUGCUUAACACCACGACCAGCGAUUACUCCUAUUACGACUGGGGCACUUUACAGCCAGGGAUGGAGGACGAGGAUAUCUGCCCCCUCGACCCCGACCCCGAUGGGACCCUGGUGCAGACCUACGUCCACUCCUUCAUCUGCGUGUUCGGCCUGAUGGGCAACCUCCUGGUCAUAGUCACCUACGCCUUCUACAAGAGGAGCCGCACCAUGACGGACCUCUUCCUGCUCAACGUGGCCGUGGCCGACCUGCUCUUCGUCGCCACCCUCCCGCUCACCAUCUACAACGAGCAGCUGGGCUGGCCCAUGGCCCCCGGGGCGUGCAAGGCGGCGAGGGGCCUCUACAGCAUCAACCUCUACGCCGGCAUGCUCCUGCUGGCGUGCGUCGGCGGCGACCGCUACGUGGCCAUCGUCCACGCCCGGCGCUCCUUCGGCGCCGGCUCUCGCUCCCUGAUCCAGCGCUGCCUGGUCUGCGGUGCAGUGUGGGGGCUGGCCGUGGCCCUGUCCCUCCCCACUCUCAUCUACACGGAGCGUAUCGAGGAGGCGGACCUCUUGCGAGGUGAGGCCGUGUCUGUGACUUGCGCGCUGAACUUUGACGGCAAGCUGAUGAAGGUGCUGGUGCCCGCCCUCCAGGUGGGGGUGGGCUUCCUGCUGCCCCUGGCUCUCAUGGCGUUCUGCUACGGCAGCGUGCUGCGCUGCCUGUUCAGGGCGCAGGACGGCGGCCAGAGGCGGAAGGCGGUGCGCGUGGUCCUGGCCGUGGUGGUGGUCUUCGUGGUGUGUCAUCUGCCGUACAACGCAGCGCUGCUGAGCCACACCGCUGGGCUGUUCCGGGAGAGGAGCUGCGAGGCGGAGCGGAGGAAGCUCAGCGUCAUGGCGUUCAGCCGGAGCGUGGCCUACCUGCACUGCUGCCUCAACCCCGUCCUCUACGCCUUCGUCGGGGUCAAGUUCCGGCGCCACUUCCGGAAGAUACUGCAGGACACGUGGUGUCUGGGGAAGAGGUUUGUUCAGCCCGGGUGCUCGUCGUCGAACGCGGCGACCAGCGUGUACGUCUUGGGCCGCAGGUCCACCAGCGUCUCUCAAAAUGGGUCGUCUUUUAGUGUGUGAAGACGCAGUAACAAUGGCGACCGACAAAUUCUUUCAGUUGUUGGACUGUAUUAAAAAAAAAAGCAAUAGAUGUAGGUGUUUCUUUUAUGUAGGCCUAUACAUAUGAUUAUUAAAUAAGUAAGGUGCAAAGUAUUGCUAGAUAUAUGAAGUUCAGAUUUCUAGUAUUGUUGUUUUGAGUUGUUAGAUAAAAGGUUUGAAAAGCUAUUUUAUUCCAUUUAUUUCUGGUCUCUGAUUGUCACUAUUUGUGUAAUGAGUUGAACCCUAGUACUUUGAUUAUUGUAAGCCUAUACGCUUAAAUAAUUGUCCAAUUGAGUUCAGAAAUUUGAAUAAUGUAAAUGUAAUCAUUGUUUAUAUUCUAUUAUACACAGAUGUAUACUAUCUAAUAAAGAACAGUUUCCUUUA